UAAUCCUAAUGCAUGGAUGGAUUUUGGGGGAUUUUAAAGCAUCUUUUCAAGGGUGUGAUCUGAAAACUCCUUAGGGUGAGAGACUGAAACUUUGACCAUUAUAAACUGAAUUUGACUGAUUCACAUCGACUUGGACUGAUUAUAUAUAUGUAUAUUGUCCCCUAUGAAUCGGAUCUUUCUGCUUUUUGAGAUGACGUUUUUUGUGAAUUGGUUUUGUGUAAAUCAACUGAACUGCUUUUUGAAUCGAAUCACAGGAAUAAAAGAACGACUCAGAUGUAGCUGCGCCUCUGAACAAUACAAACAUCAUGAACUGAUUGAAGCCUCCCUCUGCUUCACUUCCGCUGUCAGAUCCUCACAGAUGUCAAAGCUCGCGCGCGCGCCCAGGUGUCGCCCUCCGUCGCGGGACGCAUCCGCAGCUGCGUGCGGAGCGGCUGACGUCAGGAGCGGAGCGGCACGAGAGGAGUUGAAAUAGGGCAGAGCAGAAAGCGGAGCUGCGAGAGGAAACCAGCCGCGCAGAGCCGCAGGAUGGACAGCCGCCGCCGCCGCCGCUGCUGAGGGUCGGGGACGCGCCGCCCGCCGCUGAAACAGCCGCGUCUGAGAGCCGCCAGCGCGAAAUCAUUCCGAGCCACACACGAACCCAGUGGGACUACAGGCGGAACAGUUCGGACUCACCGCUGCGUGGAAUCUGUUUGUUUCUUUCUGCGCUUUUCCUCGGAGGAUCUCAGAUAAAAUGGGCCUCCUGGGUGUUUGGGUUGUGGUGGUUCUGCUGGGAACGUUGGGAUGCUGGACAGCCGAAGGUCACAGGAGCAGCCGACGAGGCGGCACGGAUGCAGCCGCCAAGUCCCACACCUCCCACCAGGAGUCGCACUCCAUGGAGAAGGAGAAAGCAGACGGGAGCAUCGAUCAAUCUCAUUCUGAUGCAGAGGAAGACCCGUGUCACAGGACCUACUGUGGAAGAGGCCGGCAGUGUGUGCUGAUGGCGGAGAGCGGGCGCGCCGAAUGCGUGUGCCAGGAAAAAUGUCGGCCCUCCUUUGUGCCCGUGUGCGGCUCGGACGGCAGGUUUUACGAGAACCACUGCGAGGUUUACCGCACCGCCUGCCUGGAGAGGAGGCGCAUCUACGUGGUGCACAGCAAAGACUGCUUCUUCAAAGGCAGCGCAUGCACCAUGUCGGAGUACAACAAGCUGAAGAGCACGCUGCUGGAAAUGCAACCGAAAGCGGUGGGGAGUGGCGAGCGGAGCCAGCAGCGAGACAUGGAGGAGAAGAGGGCGCUGGUGGACGCCAUGUUUAAAUACCUGGAUGGAAACGAAGACGGCCGGCUGAUCAGCGACGAGUUGGACAAGAUAUCGAUGAAGGAGCAGAUGGAGAGCAGCCUGUUGGAGUGCACCAUGCAGGACCUGCUGCGGUACGACGACUACAACAACGACGGACAUCUAAGCCUUCACGAGUUCUACACGGCUUUCCAAGUGGUGCAGCUGAGCCUGGCGGAGGAUCAGCGAAUCAGCACCUCGACCGUAACGGUGGGCCUCAGCGCCGUCCUGACCUGCGCCAUCCAGGGAACGCUGCGCCCGCCCAUCAUCUGGAAGAGGAACGGCAUCGUCCUGAACUUCCUGGACCUGGAGGACAUCAACGACUUUGGGGACGACGGCUCGCUGUACAUCACCAAGGUGACAACAAUUCACAUGGGGAACUACAGCUGCCAUGCCUACGGCUACGAAGACCUCUAUCAGACUCAUGUGCUGCAGGUGAAUGUCCCUCCGGUGAUCCUGGUUUACCCGGAGACGCAGGCCCAGGAGCCCGGCGUGUCGGCCAGCCUGCACUGCCACGCCGACGGCAUCCCCGACCCGAAGCUGCUCUGGCUGAAGAACGGCAUGGACCUGCAGCUCAGCUCCUCCACUCAGCUCUCCCUCUUAGCCAACGGCAGCGAGCUCUUCAUCGCCAGCGUGCGUUACGAAGACACCGGCGCUUACACCUGCAUCGCCAAGAACGAGGUGGGAGUGGACGAGGACAUCUCCUCUCUGUUUGUGGAAGAUUCGGCCAAGAAAACGCUUGCAAACAUCCUUUGGAGAGAAGAAGGGUUGAGUGUGGGAAACAUGUUUUACGUGUUUUCUGAUGAAGGCAUCACCGUCCUGCAGCCCAGCGAAUGUGAAAUACGGAGACACCUGAAGCGGACAGAGAGGAUCGUCGCGACCUACGAGGAGAUGUGUCCCAAAGGGGAGGGCGUGUCUCCGCAGCGCUGCGUUUGGUCUUCGGCCGUCAACGUCAGGGAGAAGUACAUCUACGUGACCCAGCCGCUCCAGAGCCGCCUGCUGGUCGUCGACAUCCAGGCCCAGAAAGUGGUUCAGGCGGUGCCAACAGACCCGUUUCCUGUGAAGAUGCUCUAUGAUAAGUCACAUGACCAGGUGUGGAUUCUUACCUGGGGCGACAUGGACAAAACUCACCCAGCACUCCAGGUAAUUCCUCAAGCCAGUGUGGGUGAAGUUCAUCAUGCCGUCCAAACCACUUUUCAAAGGGUGACGGACUUCUUCAUCCCUCCAACUAACCUCAUCAUAACUCACGUGAGGUUUGCAUUCGUCUUCCUGAAAAAUGAGCCGGCGGUCCACAAGAUUGAUCUGGAGACCUUCCACCGCGUCAAGACCAUCAGCCUGAAGAACUACAGCUGCAUCCCGGCCAGCAUGGCCUACACACACCUGAGCGGCUUCUACUUCAUCCAGUGCCAGAGCAAGAGCCUUCUGGGCGCUGCAGCUCAGCUCCUCGUCGACAGCGUGACGGACACCGUCAUCGGCCCCAAUCAGAACAUCACAGGCCAGGCUUAUGUGUCGCCAGACGGUCGCUACGUCGUGACGCCGGACCCGAGGCGCUCCAAGCUGACGGUUCAGACGGUGUCCUUCCAGGGAGAGCUAACGCUAAACCAGGAACUAGACGAGCCCAUAAGCGUCUCCGAUAUGGUUUUCCAGCCUUCUUUCACGGAAUCGAACCAACACAUGUUGGUGGCGGUGUCCGGGUCGGGCUCGGACCUGCUGUUUGCCGAUCUGUCAUCAGGAAGCACGGAGGUUCUCCGGAGCCUCAAAGAGCCCCUGGCCGCCCAGGCCUGGCCGUGGGGGGGCCCCAACAGAGUGAUCGUCUCCAGCGGGUUGUUCGGACAGUACCUGGUGACGCCGUCGGUUGAGUCGCUCUUCAUCCUGGACGGCAAACAGAGAACGCCGCACUGUGAGGUUUCAGACAUCAAAAGAGCCAACACAGUGGUCUGGGUUGGCGAGGUAUGAGUAAAAAAGAAAAGCCGGAAAAACGGAGACUUAGAAUUAGAAGUAAACGAGAAAAGGAGAAAUCAGGCCAAAUUACCUAUCAUUAAGAUUUAUGUGAACCCAACCUGGGACUGAGAGAAGGGAAACACGCCUGAGAGAUGUAUCAAAAGUACACCUAAAAAUAGAGAAAAUACUAAGAAAAUCUGUUGUGAUAUUUCUAUUGGGAGAAAGUGUCAAUGCCGUUCAGUGCAACAGUGAUCUAUGUGCACUUAAUUAUACAGAAUUGUACAUUAUUGCACUUCCUUCCAUGUUAUCACAGCAAAUAGGUACCUGAAGAGGCGAAAGUAACAACUAUGAACUAUGCACAAUGCUCACUUUUUUUUUAAGAAUAAAAAGCUUUCCCAGUUUUGUUAAUC